AUGGCAUUUGUCAAUUCUUCUGGAGAAUCUUCUGAAACGCGAGUCUCAUUUAUGAAGGAAAUUCAGCUAAUGAUGUAUGGACUAGGCGAUUGCUCAAAACCCUUAGAGACAACUGCAACUUUAGUCGAAACAAUUGUUUUGGACCAGUUAAAGAGGCUAAUGAUUCAAGCUGAAGAAAUAGCUGAAAUGAGAGGAGAGGAAAUUGUCGGCCCCGAAGAUAUAUUAUUUCUGAUGAAAAGAAAUGAACCAGCACUUAAAAGACUUAUUACUUAUCUCGGUAUUAAGGAUGAGAAAGCUAUUUUAAACAAAGCUCUUCAAGAACUAGUAGACAUCGAUUUCGAAGAUCAAAUGAUGAUGGAAGAUGAACCAUCACAGCAGAUUCAGUGGAAAAAAACAAGGAAAGGUUAUUGCUUGGAAUUUUUGAAAACCAUAGGAAUCGAAGAAGCUGAUCUUGAUAUGACUGAAGAUAUUGUUAAAGAAACGAGACAAAUACGUGCCAACAACAAAUCAAUGGAUAUGUCAUCUACGGCAUACCAAGAAUUUCAUAAGGCUCGAUGUGCAUCAUUUAGUUCCGCACAAAUUUGUUCACAAAAGUUCCUAGAUUGGCUUAGACAAGGAGGAAUUGAGCAGACACUUACGACGCCUGUAGCUGAAAUUUUAGUUUAUUUAGCUAAAGAAACAGUAGCAAAUAUUGUUGAUAUGGCAUUGAUUAUCAGGGAAGAAGCACCAUUUCAGAUGACUGAACCUUCACCAAUAACACCUUCUGAAAUUCAAGAAAUUGUUAGGAGAUGCAUGUAUCAACAGACACUACCGUUCGCCGGCUUCUCCAGAGAUCUUCCUAGAACAGCUGACAAAAAAAUAUUUACCUUGUAG